AUGUCCUCAUCAUCCUCAUCAUCCUCAUCAUCCUCAUCAUCCUCAUCAUCCUCAUCAUCCUCAUCAUCCUCAUCAUCCUCAUCAUCCUCAUCAUCCUCAUCAUCCUCAUCAUCCUCAUCAUCCUCAUCAUCCCCAUCCUCCCAUCAUCCUCAUCAUCCUCAUCAUCCUCAUCAUCCCCAUCCUCCCCAUCAUCCUCAUCAUCCUCAUCAUCCUCAUCAUCCUCAUCAUCCUCAUCAUCCUCAUCCUCCCCAUCAUCCUCAUCAUCCCCAUCCUCCCCAUCAUCCUCAUCAUCCUCAUCAUCCUCAUCAUCCUCAUCAUCCUCAUCAUCCUCAUCAUCCUCAUCAUCCUCAUCAUCCUCAUCAUCCUCAUCAUCCUCAUCAUCCUCAUCAUCCUCAUCAUCCUCAUCAUCCUCAUCAUCCUCAUCAUCCUCAUCAUCCUCAUCAUCCUCAUCAUCCUCAUCAUCCUCAUCAUCCUCAUCAUCCUCAUCAUCCUCAUCAUCCUCAUCAUCCUCAUCAUCCUCAUCAUCCUCAUCAUCCUCAUCAUCCUCAUCAUCCUCAUCAUCCUCAUCAUCCUCAUCAUCCUCAUCAUCCUCAUCAUCCUCAUCAUCCUCAUCAUCCUCAUCAUCCUCAUCAUCCUCAUCAUCCUCAUCAUCCUCAUCAUCCUCAUCAUCCUCAUCAUCCUCAUCAUCCUCAUCAUCCUCAUCAUCCUCAUCAUCCUCAUCAUCCUCAUCAUCCUCAUCAUCCUCAUCAUCCUCAUCAUCCUCAUCAUCCUCAUCAUCCUCAUCCUCCCCAUGUCCUCAUCAUCCUCAUCCUCCCCAUCAUCCUCAUCAUCCUCAUCCUCCCCAUCAUCCUCAUCAUCCUCAUCCUCCCCAUGUCCUCAUCAUCCUCAUCCUCCCCAUCAUCCUCAUCAUCCUCAUCCUCCCCAUCAUCCUCAUCAUCCUCAUCCUCCCCAUCAUCCUCAUCAUCCCUCAUCCUCAUCAUCCUCAUCAUCCUCAUCAUCCUCAUCAUCCUCAUCAUCCUCAUCAUCCUCAUCAUCCUCAUCAUCCUCAUCAUCCUCAUCAUCCUCAUCAUCCUCAUCAUCCUCAUCAUCCUCAUCAUCCUCAUCAUCCUCAUCAUCCUCAUCAUCCUCAUCAUCCUCAUCAUCCUCAUCAUCCUCAUCAUCCUCAUCAUCCUCAUCAUCCUCAUCAUCCUCAUCAUCCUCAUCAUCCUCAUCAUCCUCAUCAUCCUCAUCAUCCUCAUCAUCCUCAUCAUCCUCAUCAUCCUCAUCAUCCCCAUCAUCCUCAUCAUCCUCAUCCUCCCCAUCAUCCUCAUCAUCCUCAUCCUCCCCAUCAUCCUCAUCAUCCUCAUCCUCCCCAUCAUCCUCAUCAUCCUCAUCCUCCCCAUCAUCCUCAUCAUCCCCAUCCUCCCCAUCAUCCUCAUCAUCCUCAUCAUCCUCAUCAUCCUCAUCAUCCUCAUCAUCCUCAUCAUCCUCAUCAUCCUCAUCAUCCUCAUCAUCCUCAUCAUCCUCAUCAUCCUCAUCAUCCUCAUCAUCCUCAUCAUCCUCAUCAUCCUCAUCAUCCUCAUCAUCCUCAUCAUCCUCAUCAUCCUCAUCAUCCUCAUCAUCCUCAUCAUCCUCAUCAUCCUCAUCAUCCUCAUCAUCCUCAUCAUCCUCAUCAUCCUCAUCAUCCUCAUCAUCCUCAUCAUCCUCAUCAUCCUCAUCAUCCUCAUCAUCCUCAUCAUCCUCAUCAUCCUCAUCAUCCUCAUCAUCCUCAUCAUCCUCAUCAUCCUCAUCAUCCUCAUCAUCCUCAUCAUCCUCAUCAUCCUCAUCAUCCUCAUCAUCCUCAUCAUCCUCAUCAUCCUCAUCAUCCUCAUCAUCCUCAUCAUCCUCAUCAUCCUCAUCAUCCUCAUCAUCCUCAUCAUCCUCAUCAUCCUCAUCAUCCUCAUCAUCCUCAUCAUCCUCAUCAUCCUCAUCAUCCUCAUCAUCCUCAUCAUCCUCAUCAUCCUCAUCAUCCUCAUCAUCCUCAUCAUCCUCAUCAUCCUCAUCAUCCUCAUCAUCCUCAUCAUCCUCAUCCUCCCCAUCAUCCUCAUCAUCCUCAUCCUCCCCAUCAUCCUCAUCAUCCUCAUCCUCCCCAUCAUCCUCAUCAUCCUCAUCCUCCCCAUCAUCCUCAUCAUCCCCAUCCUCCCCAUCAUCCUCAUCAUCCUCAUCAUCCUCAUCAUCCUCAUCAUCCUCAUCAUCCUCAUCAUCCUCAUCAUCCUCAUCAUCCUCAUCAUCCUCAUCAUCCUCAUCAUCCUCAUCAUCCUCAUCAUCCUCAUCAUCCUCAUCAUCCUCAUCAUCCUCAUCAUCCUCAUCAUCCUCUGUUCAUCGCUUCCCUAG